AUGGGCAAAUAUUGGCCAAAAGCUUUGGCCACCCCACCCUGUUCAUCCAACAUUACAGUAGAUGGGUGCAUGUGGAUGUUGCCAAAGUUGGCCAGUAACAUUGCAGAAAGGCAUCUUAGUUUGCACAGUGCAAGAAACGGGGCCCGGCCCGGCCGCAGCCCCUCCGUGUCCGCCGAGCCGCCCGCCCCCGCCGCCGCGGGACCCAUCGAGGCCCAGCCUGUUACUGCUGAACAUGAGCUCUGUAUCAGCCAAGCUGUAGUAUUUAUUGAAGAUGCAAUACAGUAUCGUUCUAUUAAUCACCGCAUGGACUCUAACUCGCUGUGGCUCUAUCGAUGGUAUUACUCAAGCAUUUGCCAAUGGAUUUCAAGUUUCAAUAUUUUCCUCAUCUUGGCACUGGCAUUCAUCGAGACGCCCUCAUCUCUGACUGUUACUUCUGACGUGCGCUACAGACGGCCCCCCUGGGAACCUCCCUGUGGCUUGACUGAAAGCCUUGAAAUGUUUUGCUUCCUAAUAUUUAUAGCUGAUGUCUCCAUGAAGAGCUAUUUAAUAGGUUGGGAUGAGUUUCUGAAAACCAAAUGGCUGCUGGCUUAUAUACUGGUCCUGGUGGUUUCCCUGACUGAUUGGAUUGUGUCGCUGAGCUAUGCUUGUGAGGAGACGAUUAGAGUACGGCGCCUUCUUCGGCCAUUCUUCCUCCUCCAGAACUCUUCGAUGAUGAAAAAGACACUGAAGUGCAUCAAGCGAACGUUACCUGAAAUGGCCAGUGUUGUGCUGCUCCUGACACUUCAUCUAUGUCUCUUCACCAUGUUUGGGAUGCUACUGUUUGCUCGAGAAAAGGAUAGCCGACAGGACCAGGAGAGACUGGAGUAUUUUCGCAACUUGCCUGAUUCGCUGACUUCCUUGCUGGUGCUGCUGACCACUGCGAACAACCCUGAUGUGAUGAUCCCUGCUUAUUCCAAGAACCGGGCCUAUUCUAUCUUCUUCAUAUUAUUCACUGUAAUAGGAAGCUUAUUUCUGAUGAACUUGUUGACGGCCAUAAUAUACAACCAGUUUAGGGGUUAUCUUUUGAAAUCAAUUCAAUCCUCCCUUUUGAGGCGGCGGUUGGGGAUCCGUGCUGCAUUUGAAGUUCUUUCCUCACUGAAAAGAACACACACCCAUUACCAAGCAACUGGUGUUAGUGUCGGAACCUUUUUACAAGUUCUACAGAGAAUUAAAAUGGAUCACUACUGCAAACAAUCCAUCAUGCAGACCGUUGGAUCCAGCUCUACUGGCUUGAUGUCGGCUGAUCAGUUUCAGAAAAUUUUCGAUGAGCUUGACAAAGAUGCAGUUAAGGAGCAUCCUCCUCGACCGGAAUACCAAUCUCCAUUUCUGCAGAGUGCCCAGUUAGUCUUCAGUCAUCGCUAUUUUAACUACUUAGGAAACUUGGUAGCACUCAGCAAUAUUGUCUCUAUCUGUGUAUUCAUGGUGAUGGAUGCUGACCAGCUGCCCCAGGACCGUGAUGACUUUGUCUUAGGGGUCCUAAAUUUCUUCUUCAUCUUGUACUAUUUACUAGAAACAGUGCUGAAGAUAUUUGCUCUGGGAUUGAAAGGAUAUUUAUCAUUCUCCAGCAAUGUAUUUGAUGGAUUGCUCACCGGAAUCUUGCUGGUUUUGGAGAUCUCAACUCUUGCUGUGUACCGAUUUCCUCAUCCAGGCUGGAAACCUGAAAUGCUGGGCUUGCUUUCCCUGUGGGAUAUGGCACGACUGGUAAACAUGUUCAUUGUAUUCCGGUUCUUGCGGAUUAUUCCAAAUAUGAAGCUGAUGUCUCUGGUGGCUAGCACUCUACUGGAUUUGGUCAAAAAUUUAAGAGCCUUUGCUGGGAUUCUUGUGGUGGUUUAUUAUGUCUUUGCCAUAAUUGGAAUUGGGCUGUUUCGAGGUUCUAUUGUGCCUCCUCCGGGAAAUAAUAGCCUGACCUAUCCUAACAACACAUCCCGGUGUGGAACAUUUGAACAGUUGGAAUACUGGCCUAAUAACUUUGACGAUUUUGCGGCUGCUUUGGUGACUCUCUGGGAUGUGAUGGUUGUGAACAAUUGGCAGGUUUUUCUUGAAGCCUAUUCAAGAUACUAUAGUUCGUGGUCAAAACUGUAUUUUGUAGCGUGGUGGUUGGUAUCCUCUGUCAUUUGGGUUAAUCUGUUUGUGGCCCUGAUUCUGGAGAACUUCAUUCACAAAUGGGACCGUCGAUGCCAACAGCAACCUCUCUCUGGAGCUCAGGAAGCCCAGUAUCAGAUGACAGUGGAGCGCAUGUUUAGAGAUGUCCUGGAAGAACCUUCAGAGGAGGAAUUGAUGGAAAAGCUAAACCAGCACCCACACUUUCAUCUGUGCAGAUGACAGUCUAGUGCGACCUGCCUUUUUCUCACCUCUAAGCUCUGACCAUGAACAGAAUUACCAAGGGCAGCCAUCGAAAAGGGUUCUCAUGCUGAGAAGGAGGAUGGUGUCUCCUAGAAAUCAUCUUCAAAUCUGCUGUUCUUAGACACACACACUCUCCCUCCUCAUCCAGGCAGUUGGGGAGACAGAAACUGAAUGGUCCAUCAGAACUUUUUUUAAACAAUCGGCAGUGUAGCUCUUUUUUUAGUUUUUUAAAUUCCUGUUGUUUUAAGAGAGACUUUCCCCCAGAUGCCACUGUUAAUUUUAUAAACUGUCCAGAUGACACUUUUAUUUUUUUAAAGAGGAAAUGGGAAUUGCAUUGCAGUGCACUUUAAGAGCCACGAAACCAGUGACCCUGAAACCACUCUGCUGGGUGCUUUUCUGCACCCCAAAAAAUAGUGAACCCACUGAUGGUGGCAAUUUUGGGUGACCAUAGAGAGUGCCUUGAAAAACUGAGUGAAUUUGUUUUGAAAUACUAAUGAAUGAAUUUGUGUGGGAAUAUUUUAUAUGAAAGGAAGCUUUUUUUUUAAAUUUGAGAUGUAAUGCCAGCAAUACUUCCUUUACUUACCUUCCAUAAAUAAUGCUUUCAUUUUUGUACAAAUAGUUGCUUUAGAUUGGAUGGUGAUUUCUGAGUAAUGCAAUAGAUGAGGCUUUGGGGCCAAAGUUGACUUACGUUUUUGGUGAAAUUGUGUCGUAUUUAUAAUUGCAAGGGCUCUACCUCUUGAGGGAAAAAUCUUCCUUUUUGUUUUCUCAUUGUUUGGGAAAGUUAUUUUAUAGACUUAUCCUUUUAGAAGAAAACCACUUCAACUAUUAUUUGAAAACUCAGAGCUUAUUUUGUCUGUGUUGGCUUCAUUGGCUUCAUUAGUCAUGAAGGGGUGCUCUUAAUACUUUAGUAGAUUUUUGAAAAAUGCAUUUCAUGUUUCUUAUUUCUCCAUUGGACAGUGAAACUGUAGUCAUAUAAUGAGUGUUUUCUUCAUGCAUUUUGGGUAGAACACUUGAAUUAAGAGGACUGUCUUUAGACAGUGUUCAUCUGGCUGGGUAGAAAGUGGGGUGGUGUCAAGGGGGACAGAUUGUGUGAGUAGUGUCAAGGCAUAUGCACUACUAGUUAAUACUUCUUAUUGAGGUUCUUCAAGAAUGCAGUUCCCAUCUUAGAGGAGAUUUAUCCCAUUUCAAAUCAUUUUCAUCCUCUCAAAAUACUCUGAAUUCAGACUGUGUGCAUUGUGUAUACGGGGGUACAUACAUCUGUUCGUAUCUGUCUUCCUUUCAUUCUUUUCUAAAACCUAUUUGUUGCCUCUUUAGCUUUUUCUGUUCCCUGAAAAGGGAAUACAGUUUUUUUCCAGCCCUGUGGAAACUAAACGGGGUCAGGGUAUGCACAGUCCAAGUAAAGGGAAGACUGAGCGGUUACACAGUAGAUUUACCCUACAUAAAAAGCCACCUGGAUACCUGAGGCCAAAAAAUUUAUUUUGACGUCUGAUCCAGAUUGGUUCCAUGCAGACAGUGAAUCAGCUAGGUAAUUAUUUGGACUACCAUUUCACUUGGCAUGGUUAGACCGACCAGUUGGAUGACAAAUGCAACUUGAGUAGAAAGAGAAUGUAACAAUGCAAAAUGUUUCCUCAUCUCCCUAACUUAUUGAAUUUGAAACACUAUUUCCAAGUCCCCCUGCCCCCCUCCUCCCCACUCCCCUCCACACAAUUAUUUUUUUACCAAGUGGUACAGCAUGUGUAUUUGUAAUAUGAAAUAAAACACCUUCUUUCUGUUGUCACCCAGUAUUGAUCUAUUUGCUCCCCUUUUCAUUGCACCAACCGAGGCCCUUUGCAUCAACAUUGGAGGCCAUCAGGUUAAUGAUUUAUUUUCACAUAGGGAGGUAUCCAAAUGAGAAAAAUAGCAUGCUGGCCAAUCCAUUGGGAGCUGUACCUUUCACACUCCUCAAUUCACCCUCCCUAUUCUUCUCCUGUUCCUUCCACCUUAUUAUUUGAAAAUGGUUUUGUCUUUUAGUCUUCUAAGUCCCAGAUAUCUUCUUAACUCUGAUUUCUGUUGGGGUUUCUCCAACAGAAGAGGUCUCUGUUGGACAAAAGAUCCAACAGACAAAAGGUCUCUCCCUUUUCCUUAGAAUUGUAUCAGAGACUGUUAAAUAUGCCAUCUCUGGACUGGUUCUUAAUGAUUCUCUAUACCAUUUAUUUUAGUACUGUGGUCCUCAAUGGGGCAUCUCCCACUUUCCUUGGGGAUGAUUCUUCAAGUCUACUCUAUCUCCUUUUUGUAGUACUCAAAGAAUAUGCAUUCCUUGCCCCUUCUUGGUGAGACUGAAAAAAUGUGGAUGUUGAAAUAGGCAAGUUAAUUGCAUUCAUCAGUAUGUUUCCUUAACAGUGAAGUCAGCUUGGGUCUUCAGUCUUUCCUGCUAAGUGUUGUUCAAGUCCCUUUUUUGUCAUACAGAUACAUACACUAUUGAGAAUCUGAAGAAAAGUAGAGAAAGCUAGGGGAUGCCACUAAAAGGAAAGACAUUGUAAUUAUGCUUAAUGCCCAAGUUAUCAUAGGAAGUAUAUUCACGAUGCAUAGAACAUAAUUAGAUUAUAAGCACAAAAAAGACCAAGAGAAUAUUUAAUAAAUAUGAUUUGAUGAUGAUUCACUACAAAUGUGAAUAGCAAUUACAAAACAGUAUGUUACCUAAGUAUACAUGUUCCAGUUAUUAAUGAUAUUCUUUAAUUCUGAUGUUUGGCUCAAGACUGCUCAGAUGUGUAGUUUUGGGAAAGGAUCAGGUAAUAAUUAGUUUAUAAACACUCUAGUUUUAGAUAUUUGGGGGAAUAUCAGCAUAUCAGCAACUUUUUAUUGUGAGAGUAUGAUUUCUACACUAGAUCCAGGUAUCUACUGGAUUGUAUUCUUAAAUGUCUGUAUGUUUAAAUUCAUGCUGUUGCUUCUGGGGUUUUAAUUUAUUUCCUUUUUUAAACCUAGUUUUGACAUCUAAGCACCACCUAGUGGUGAGACUUCAACAAAAUUGUGCAAUAUGAAAGAAUUUUCGACAUUAGCUGGCAUAGAGUAAUAGAUGUGAUGUCCUUACACAACCUACAUUGUGUGCAUAACCAUUUUAAAUGUGUAAAGUGUUAAAAAUCUGUUAUUGUUGUCAGCUUUUCACAAUGAUCAGUGUUAUUCUCUGCCUCAUCUCAAAUCAGAGUUUUCCAGUUUGAACUUUUCCACCAUCAGCAUUUGAUUCCUUUAGGUGAGAGGAAUCAAUAAAUCAGGAAGAGGAAAUAAUAUUCAUAACAAAUCGAUUAUAAAGCACCUUAAGGAAUAAAGUCUCUCCAGAGCCUUCAAUAUUUAAAUGCUUUGCUGGUUUUAUUAAUUACUUUGUUUAAAGAAUGUAAAGUAAGUUCAUAAUAAGGGUUACAACAGAUUUCAGUUGGGGGUGGGAAACAUUCAUUUUUUUUUUUUUUAGAAUGACUUUCACAUCCAAAAGCUUCAUUUCAUGUAGAAUCUAGGCAGUAAGUGGAAUGACAUUUAGGCUUUUAAAUAUGUACUAUCAAUAAGUAAAUACUACUAUCUUGAAUUUGUAUAAUGCCUUCUCCCAGAAAAUAAAGGCACAGUAAAUACUGACUUCCACAAGUGUCACCACUAUGGCUGGCCUAGGCUUCUAUGUUUACCAAGUUGUUCUGAAUUUUGAUUUUUACAGUGGAAGUGUAUUUUGUCCGUAGAUAUUUGUCCAUUAAAUAAUAAAGUAUUGCUGAGUGGUCAUAAA